CAUACAAAUUGAUUUUGUCGCUGAUUCUUAUUCAAAAACCACGAGGGAUUGUGGGUCAGCUAGGCUAACCUAACGCGAGCUUGAAAUGAAAGUUACCCAAUCACAUGCGUUAUCGUCCACAAAAAUUGCAGUCUAUACCAAAACGUGAAAUUGGGACGAGCUAAUUUGGCACAUGUUGCGGCGAGGCAUAAAACUUAAUCGCGUUCGGUAGAGAACCAGGGAAAAUAGCAAUUUUUGUGUUUAGCUGAAACGCAGAACGAAAUAUCUUAUAGCGCCGAAGGCGCUCGCAGACAGUUCUGCAGUAUAAUUCUAUUUCUACCUCAAUGAUUUAAUCAUCAUAUUCGUAAAUAAAGAAAAUGUCGUGUGGAGGAGUUGAGGUAGCAAAUACCUCUGGGAAAAAGCAUGACGGUUAUUUGAAGUAUUAUUGCGGCCUGAUCUUCAAGGGGUGGAGCAGACGUUAUCUCUGCAUCUACAAUGAUGGGAGGCUGGUCAUCAAGUCCUCCACAUCUGACAGCAGCGCCAAGAGCUCCUGGAACAUCAAGACGGAAUGCCAGAGCCUGAGGGUAGGCCAGCAGUGCACCCGCAUCGCCCCCAGGCCAGAGACUGGAGCCGACGUCCUCCUCAUCUUUGCCUUGACCAUCAACAAGAAGAACCACUUCUUUCAGGCCGACAGUGAGGAGACGCUCAUAGGAUGGUUGAAAGCCCUGUAUGAAGUCAAAGGCGUCCAGCCAGGAGUACCACCAGGGCAACAAGCCAGCUCUGUACCCCAGGGGCCACCCAUGCCUCAAGGCCCUCCUCCGCCUGGAUUCGUCCCAAGUGUUACAGGACAGCCUCCUCCCUCUUACCAGGCAAAUUCACCAUAUCCACUUCAGGGGCAUGCGCCACCGCAGGGCUAUGCCCCACCCCAGGGUUAUGCCCCACCCCAGGGUCAAUAUCAGCAGUACCCACAGCAGUAUCCACAACAGGUGAGUGUCGGCCAAGCAAGGCUGAUGCAGCAGCCACAACAUAGAACAGUCAUCGUGAACCAGCGGCCAAGCAACGACGGAUUUGCGACUGGCGUGCUGACAGGUGCCCUGCUUGGAGGCUACGGCUACGGCUGGGGGCAUGGCUGGGGCUAUGGUGGCGGUUGGGGGUAUGGGGGUGGGUGGGGCUUUGGGCACCACCACCACCAUGACUUUCAUCAUCACCAUCAUGAUCACCACCAUGACCACCACUAUGACCAUCACGACUUCGGAGGGGAUCACGAUGGCGAUUUUGGUGGGGAUUAUGGAGGGGACAUGGGUGGUGAUUUUGGAGGUGACAUGGGUGGGGACUUUGGUGGCGACAUGGGUGGGGACUUUGGUGGCGACAUGGGUGGGGACUUUGGUGGUGAUUUUGGUGGGGAAUGAAGUCCUGAAUGGGGCUACUUGUAAAACUUUCUUAGAAAUGAUGAAUGUACCCGUCUAGAGCUGGGCCCACUUUCAUAGUGCUACUUAACUGUUAGCAGAAAAGUUGUACUGUGGCAGAAAAUCUUGCUAACCCUAAGCACUCUUUCAUACUGGUACUUGGCGUGCUUGAGCUUAAAACUGCACUCACAAAUAAAGAUUUCCAUUGUUACGUCACUAUGUGAAGCAAAUAUUUCCAUUUCCUCCAUGGUAAGCGUGUCUUUUAUAGUACCCACUGCAUAAGGUCUUCAGGAAAAACACAGAGCCUCUGUAUCGUAAAAUGGUGUGCUCGCUGCUUAGCAGCGCCAUGAAAUUGGGCCCUAUUCUGAACAUUUACAGUAGAUAUGCUAGGGCUCCAUUUCCCUGCAACAUGGGCAGCAUGUUGGUGGAGAGUGGAUUUUUGAUAAUUAUCUACCCCGUGAUUUAGACUAAGUUCCAUGUGUUACAGGAUUUUCUGAAUAUUCAUGAUUUUUCUUGGUUUUUUUAAGCUUGAGUUUCACAUGCAUAUUAUUCAGAUGAAAGAGAAUCCAAAUAUUUCAGAGUAGGUAUUCAGGAAUGUACUUAAAAUUUUGUUGCCCAAGGAUAUCCGGAAAGCUUGAAAUAGACUGGGGCCUUACUCGUGAGAUGGUCAUGUGGAUGAUGCUCCAGAAAUCCAUUUAUUUGACUCUCUGAAAUUGGGAAGAGUCUGACUGUUUUCCUGUCAUUAUAGUACAGUAUGUCUGGAUUUACUGUAUUCUUAAGAGGCUUGUGUACUUCUGUUUUUGUAUUUAUUUACAUACAAGUAGAGCCUGAUUGGUUUUUCUCAAGGCUGAGUGUAAACAUUGUUAGAUGCAAAAAUAGCUCAUAAAAUGUCAAAAAAGGGAAGAACCCUCAUUGUGUAAUAGUUGUACGUAUUUAUAGUUUAUUUUUCUACAGUUGUGCUGUAUAAAUCUUUAAACUAAAUUGAGACUCUUUCAGAAUUCCAAAGACUUGUUUUGAAAUUUGUAAUGCAUACGAUGGGCAACAUUAAAUCGGAAAUGUGGAACAUUUUGAUGUUGCCCUCCGUGAGGAGUUUUAACUGCCCUUGAGUUCUUAAAUACUUCAUGUAAUUAUAAAUGCAAGGCUUAACACUUCAAGUUUAACUUGAUUUCUUUACCUUAUUUUAGAGGCUGAAGGACUCAGAGAAUCCCCCUUUUUACCAUGAAGUAGACGUAGGCAGUAAGAGUAUACUGCUUUAUGCGCCAGACGUCUGCUUAAUGCCAGUCUUGUUUUUACAUUGGCUUUUUGCCCGUCAUUGAUGUAUAUAUAUAUAAACACUGUAUACUUAGUGCUGUCAGAAAACUCGUUAGAGACUCAAACCCACAAGUUCCUGUUGACAUUUUACUACCUGACUUCAGAGUUCGUCGGGGCUCCACCUGAUUAAGCUUGUGAAACAGCCAAUGUAAGAGUUACCACCUGCCCAAAGCAAAGUAACUUCUGCUUUACAUUUAUUUGCGUGCAGAUGCCCAUACUGUACACUAUUCCCCCACCAAGUCUAGUAAACAACAACUAAACAAAACAAAACAAAUUUGAAUGUGGUAUUGAGUCAGUUUAAAUAAAUCAGAUUGAAUCGUCCAACAUGUACAGUGUUGGUAUGAAAAAAAUAUAUAAAUGGACAUAAAGUAUAACGUUAGACUGCCAGAGUAUUAUCAGAUAUGCACAGUUAGCACUGUGCCUACAAAAAAUUGAGGCCCAUGAAAAAUUUUCUGAGUUUACAAAGAUAUCAUUGUGUACUUCUCUCUCAGAAUAUUUGAUUUGGGGAAAAGCUGCAGACUAGCUAGUAUAUAACUUACAAGUAGAGCGUAUGGUAUCGAGAUCAAUGCAAGGCGCUCCAGCUCCAUGUUAUUGGUGCUGGUGUCUGUGAUACAGUAAGGCCUGUGCGGAAUUAUCUUGCCCUAUGAAGUGAGUUUUCUAGCAAUAUAGCAACCGUUCAUCCCAUGCUGUAAACCUUUUGGAACGACCUAGAGAGGAUAGUUUUUCCUACUUUAUUAAGAAGGAAAAUAUGAAAUUCUACCAUUGGGCAUUAACUAGAUUUCCCGAUCAAUACUUUUUAGUUUGUACAAUACUAAUGAUGACACAUUGUAUAUUUUAAGUAGGCAAAUGUGGUAUGUUUAGACUCAUUAUAUUGAGAAGAUUGAUAUCGUGUGCAAGGCUUAUAUUUUGUGUGAAGGUGUGCUUUCAAGGAACUUAUCUAAUGACUUUGCCACUGAAUUUAAAUUUGUGUUCAAGUGAGAGAAAUGCAGGAUGUCAAAUAAACAUUCCUAUCAUGGCAAUUUCUGAAAGUGA